CAGAGCUGAAGGAAGUGCUGCCGGUGCCCUGUCAUGAUGCCGUUCGGGGGAAUUGCUGCCCAGCUGCAGAGGAACCGCCUGAAAGCAGAAGGGGUCGGCCAACACCAUAAUGCCAUCAAGUACCUUAACCAGGACUACGAGGCCCUCAAGCAGCAGUGUCUGGAGAGCGGUACCCUCUUUAGGGACCCCCAGUUUCCAGCUUGCCCCUCUGCCCUUGGCUUCAAGGAGCUGGGGCCACACUCCAGCAAGACGCGAGGAGUGGAGUGGAAACGUCCUUCAGAAUUAGUGGAUGACCCUCAGUUCAUUGUGGGUGGUGCAACACGGACAGAUAUCUGCCAGGGAGCUCUGGGUGACUGCUGGCUGCUGGCUGCCAUCGGCUCCCUCACGCUCAAUGAGGAGCUCCUGCACCGCGUCGUGCCCCACGGGCAGAGCUUCCAGGAGGAUUAUGCAGGCAUCUUCCACUUCCAGAUCUGGCAGUUUGGCGAGUGGGUAGAUGUGGUGGUUGAUGACCAGCUGCCCACCAAGGACGGGGAGCUCCUGUUUGUGCAUUCAGCAGAGUGCACUGAGUUCUGGAGUGCUCUGCUGGAGAAGGCCUAUGCCAAGCUGAAUGGUAGCUACGAGUCGCUCUCCGGGGGCAGCACCACUGAGGGCUUUGAGGACUUCACGGGUGGUGUGGCAGAGAUGUACGACCUCAAACGGCCGCCACGCAACAUGGGCCACAUCAUCCGCAAGGCACUGGAGAGGGGAUCCCUGCUGGGCUGCUCUAUUGAUAUCACAAGUGCCUUUGAUAUGGAAGCAGUGACCUUCAAGAAGCUGGUGAAGGGCCAUGCCUAUUCUGUCACAGCCUUCAGAGAUGUGAGUUGGCUGCAUGGGCAGGAACAGCUCAUCCGCAUCAGGAACCCCUGGGGUCAGGUGGAGUGGACCGGAGCCUGGAGUGAUGGUUCCUCUGAGUGGGACAACAUUGACCCCAGUGACAGAGAAGACCUGCAAUUGAAGAUGGAGGAUGGAGAGUUCUGGAUGUCUUUCCGGGACUUCAUGAGAGAGUUUUCCAGGUUGGAGAUCUGUAACCUAACCCCUGAUGCCCUCACUAAGGAUGAGCUAAGCAGGUGGCACACGCAGGUGUUUGAGGGCACGUGGCGCCGGGGUAGCACAGCCGGGGGCUGCAGGAAUCACCCAGCCACGUUUUGGAUCAACCCCCAGUUUAAAAUCAAACUAUUGGAAGAGGAUGACGACCCUGGGGAUGACGAGGUAGCCUGCAGCUUCCUAGUGGCCCUGAUGCAGAAGCAUCGUCGGAGGGAGCGGCGGGUGGGCGGUGACAUGCACACCAUCGGCUUCGCCGUCUACGAGGUCCCUGAAGAGGCCCAGGGCUGCCAAAAUGUGCACAUGAAGAAAGACUUCUUCCUGCGAAACCAGUCGCGGGCACGAUCUGAGACCUUCAUCAACCUGCGGGAGGUGAGCAACCAGAUCCGGCUGCCUCCUGGAGAGUACAUCAUAGUGCCCUCCACCUUCGAGCCACACAAGGAGGCUGACUUCGUCUUGCGGGUCUUCACCGAGAAGCAGUCGGACACAGAGGAGCUGGACGAGGAGAUCUCGGCUGAUCUAGGGGAUGAGGAGGAAAUUUCUGAAGAUGACAUAGAAGAUGGCUUCAAGAAUAUGUUCCAGCAGCUGGCAGGAGAGGACAUGGAAAUUAGUGUCUUUGAGCUCAAGACUAUCCUGAACAGAGUAAUUGCUAGACACAAAGAUCUGAAGACAGAUGGAUUCAGCCUGGAUUCUUGCCGAAAUAUGGUCAAUCUGAUGGAUAAAGAUGGCAGUGCCCGUCUUGGGCUGGUGGAGUUCCAGAUCCUGUGGAACAAAAUUCGGAGCUGGCUGAGCAUCUUCCGUCAGCACGACCUGGAUAAAUCAGGCACCAUGAGCUCAUAUGAAAUGCGCAUGGCUCUAGAGUCGGCAGGUUUCAAGCUGAACAAUAAGCUGCAUCAGGUGGUGGUGGCCCGCUACGCUGACUCCAACAUGGGUGUGGACUUUGACAACUUUGUCUGCUGCCUGGUCAAGCUGGAGGCCAUGUUCAGGUUCUUCCGCAGUAUGGACCCCGAGGGCACUGGCACUGCCGUGAUGAACAUUUCUGAGUGGCUGUUGCUGACGAUGUGCGGCUAAGAGCCACAACAGAUUCACUGCAGCUAGGCCACCCCAGCUGGUCCGGCCCAAUCCAAGUGCCUCCUCUUGGAUUCAUGGACA